AUGUUGCUGCUGUCAGUGAAUCUGAAAAGGAGAUACAGAGUUAGUGAGAAAAAUAUAGCAACACAUCAGUGCCAUUCCCUGUCAACACCAAUUUCUAUCCUCUUUCUUGUCGACAUUUUUGUUGCCGAGAAUUACUGCGCUAAUACCUUUCCCGGAAUCUACAAAUUAUUUGGCUCAGCUCGUGUCAAAUCAUCAAUGUUUUACGAUCACCUACGAACGUCCUUCAAAGGAUAG